AGCACCCCUGGAUGCCAUCUGGAUCAUUUUAAACAAACAGAAGUACCCUGAGCUCCCAGCAGGAGAAAAAAAAAUUACGCUCCCGUGUUAAUAAGUAUAUAUUACUAUAACUGAAUGGCAGUGGUCUGCUUGUUAUGCACAUGUAGAUUAAUUGGUGGACGGAUGUAUUUAUAGGCGCCUACCGCUGUUUCUGCAAUGGAAGUAAACAGGGACGAGGCGGAGCGCUGCAUUGACAUUGCAGCCGCAGCUUUUAGGAGUCAUCAGCUGGAAAAGGCGUUGAGGUUCCUGGACAAGGCACAGCGACUUUACCCAACAGAGAAAGCUCAAGCACUGCUGGACCUGAUAGCAAAGAAUGGCUUUACACCCAGAAAUGGUGGCCACUCAAACUUCAAUGGCACUCCAGGGCCUCGACAGUGGCACACCCCCUGCAAUGACACAAAAGCAGAAGAACAGCCUACAGAAACCUCCAAAUCUUACACAUCAGAGCAGCUGGAGGCAGUGAGAAGAGUAAAACAAUGCAAAGACUACUAUGAAAUCCUCGGGGUCGAGAAAGAUUUCUCCGAGGACGAGCUGAAGAGGUCGUACAGAAAACUGGCUUUGAAAUUCCAUCCUGACAAGAAUCACACUCCGGGCGCAACAGAGGCAUUUAAAGCUAUCGGUAAUGCCUAUGCUGUUCUGAGUAAUGCAAACAAAAGAAGACAAUACGAUCAAUGGGGAGAAGAGGGAAGGCAUCCUUCAAGUAGCGGCCCAGAGAAUGGAAAUUUCGAGCCAGACAUCUCACCUGAGGACCUCUUCAACAUGUUCUUCGGGGGAGGCUAUCCAUCGAGUAAUGCUCAUGUAUAUACUAAUGGACGUAUGCGUAACCAGAGGCGGGAGAGAAGAGAGCGACCAAGAGAUGGAGGUCUGGCUAUCUUCGUGCAGGUCAUGCCCAUCCUCAUCCUAGUGAUCGUGUCGGCUCUCAGUCAGAUAAUGGUCAACAGCCCCUCCUACAGUCUCAGCUUCAGGCCGUCAGCAGGCUACACCCAGAAGAGGUUGACUGAGAACCUGAAGGUGCCAUAUUAUGUGGGGGAGCAUUUCUCCAAAGAGAUCACUGGUGUGAAUUGGAAAAAUCUAGAACGAAAUGUGGAGGAUGACUACAUUUCAAACCUCCGCAACAACUGCUGGAAAGAGAAACAACAAAAGGAAGGAAUGCUCUACAGAGCUCGUUAUUUUGGAGACAGCGAGCUGUACCAGAGAGCGCAGAGGGCUCGAACUCCAAGCUGUGCCAAGCUCUCAGAGAUCACAGCCUCCUCACAUUAAAGCAUUACUAACCCUACAUUGCUUCUCCACAGUAGCUUUAGCUCUGAUUAUCUUUCCUCUUGUUGCCUUUCAAUUACUAGAAUCACCCCAAAUCACAACUAACAGGCUAUAAAUACAUAAGCUUCAACAUCCUCAAGGCAACAUAGCUACAGACUGAAAAAACUAACCCCCUCCUCUCUAAUUUCUAUAGAGAUUAGGUUUAUGAGAUUAACAUACGAUUCUUUAUACAUAUAUAUUGCUAUGAAAUGAAAAAAGCCAUCUAUCACAUCUUGACAAGCAAACAAGAUGUAGAUUUAAUGUGAAGCCUGAAAGAAUGGAAGCCAUGCAGACAAAGAUUGCUUCAUCUCUGUAAGAGUUAGAGCCUAGAGCCAAACCAGAAGAAAAUGUUAUAAAUAGAAAUGCGGAUGCUAUUUACACAGCACUUAAAGAGAUGCCAUGUUGAAUGCUUCCUUUUUUAUUUUAUGCAUUCAGAGGAGAUGUUUUCUCCACUGACUAUGAAUGCACAUUCUAACUAUGCAGGAAUAUUAGUGUAACUUCUGAUAAAUAUGUUCACUUGCAGUUUAGGCUCAGUUAGACUCCGUCUUUUGUUUCUGUGCAGAUGAGAGAGAAGAAUUGGAGGAUAAUCCGAUAACUUUUUGUCCUUUGAUUAAAUGAAGGACAUCCAUGUGUUACCUCACUUCACUGUAGAUACAGAACCUUGGAAAAGUAUUCACGUCCUUUGAAGCCGCCCCUUCUGAAGUUUUUUUUGCAGUGUUUCACUUUAUUUCUUAAAGUACUGUCCUGCAAUCAACUCGAUCUAAGCAUAGCGACUACUUCCAUGUUUGCUGUGUCCCCUACACGGCUUAGAGCAAACUUUUAAUGGACUUUUAAACAGCCUUUUCAGCGAUGGCUUUUUUUAUUAUAAUUUUUUUUUUAGUGGUGUCAGAAUAAAGGGGUCCACAUACAAAUGCAUGCCAUACUCUUAAGAUUUUACUACUCUUUCUUUCCAUCAUUUCUGACUACGUUUCCAUUCCUUUUUGAAUGAAAGUAUGCCCACAGCACUAUGCAUCCUCUACCAUGUUUCUCAGUGAGGAAUUUUCUCAAACCAAUGCUAUUUGCUUUAUUCCAC